CUGUCUCGCUGUCCACCCUUAACCAAUAUCUUAUCGAAAAUGAUAGGUUUCCUCGAGAUAUGUGUUUUUCUGUUUGUCGUCUUGCACAUCUUGAGGAUUUAUUUUGCCGAUUGCGAUGCAGUACUACAUUUCUACGAGAGAUUUGCAAAGCCACCGGAUAAAAGACUACGAGGUAAAGUGAUUUGGAUUACUGGUGCAUCGAGCGGAAUCGGCGAACAUUUAGCGUACAAGCUAACUGAAUUUGGCUGCAAACUGGUACUAUCAGCGAGGAGAAAAGACGAAUUAGACAGAGUGAAAAAUCAGUGCAAGAGCUUGGCAGGAAAGCUUUUUCCAUUAACAUUUGAGGAAGACUUUCUUGUUGUCCCAUUGGAUAUUACAAAUUUCGCUUCACACGAAGACUGCGUUACCAAAGCUCUUCAACAGUUUGGCAAGGUCAUGAUCUCUGCUUUGAUGUGUUCUGCUGUAAAUUUCAAUGAUAUUCGAACCAAAGCUUACAUGACUAUGUUUUUGUAUCAUUUACAGGGUUAUUUCAAUACUUUGCACAUAGAAGUCCAUGAAAAGAAUGUUGGUGUCACAAUGAUAUGCCCUGGCCUAGUGUAUUCAAACAUUUUAAAAAAUGCAUAUCGAGAGAAUAUUGAGACUCGCAGGGAUCAAGUCUUUCCUGUGACAACCAUCAAAACAGAACGAUGCGUGCAUCUUAUUAUUAUUGCCAUGGCAAAUGCUUUGAAUGAAGUGUGGAUUGCUAUUCCAAAACGAAUGGUAGAAUUGUAUCUUGCACAGUAUCUACCACUAGUUGGGAACUGGUGGGUACAGUGGAAAAACCGGAAACGGACGUGA